UUGCUCCGCCCACGCGUCCCAUAUCUCGCGAGACUUCGCGAAGGCUUCCCUUUUGCAUCUCGGCCGCCGACAUGCCAUCCAGACUGAGGAAGACCCGGAAACUUCGGGGCCACGUGAGCCACGGCCACGGCCGCAUCGGCAAGCACAGGAAGCACCCGGGGGGCCGAGGUAAUGCCGGUGGCUUGCAUCACCACAGGAUCAACUUCGACAAAUAUCACCCAGGGUACUUUGGGAAAGUUGGUAUGAGGCACUAUCACUUAAAGAGGAACCAGAGCUUCUGCCCCACUGUCAACCUUGAUAAACUGUGGACCCUGGUCAGUGAGCAGACACGGGUAAAUGCUGCGAAGAACAAGACCGGAGCCGCUCCCAUCAUUGAUGUGGUGCGAUCGGGCUACUACAAAGUUCUGGGGAAGGGAAGGCUCCCAAAGCAGCCUGUCAUUGUGAAAGCCAAAUUCUUCAGCAGAAGAGCUGAGGAGAAGAUUAAGAGUGUUGGUGGGGCUUGUGUGCUGGUAGCUUGAAGCCACACGGAGGGGAAUCCAUUAAAUUCUCACAAGUGC